UUCUUGGCCUUUCGCAGCCUUGCCUUACUUGGCCUUUGCUCCCUUCUCUCUUCUUCACAACACCAACACAACACAAGGAUGGCGGAGACAUGCAGAGCUCUCGACGGCUCUGAAGCGAUAACCUUCGGCCUUACGAAAUGGAGAGCGAUCAUUCUGGUUAUGACCGUGGGUUGCCUACCUAUGGCUACGAUACUCCUGGGUCCGAGGCUGGUUUAUUGGCUUGGAAGGACGGUAGGCUUUUAUUUGAGGAACAAAACCGCGGGUCGGAAAGCGCAGAUCCUGGAAAUGACCGAGAAAGACGAAGCAGAAUGGGAAAAGCAGAAGGAGGGGAGGAGGGACAGUGAUGAGUGGGAGAAUGUGGAUGCGUAUACAGUUGGAAGCGUCGGAAAUGGGGAGAAGGGAGAAAGCGAAUGGGAUGGGAUUGUAGGUUUCCUUCAUCCUUUUUGCAAUGCGGGUGGUGGUGGGGAACGUGUCCUUUGGGCUGCGAUACGAGCUACGCAGAAGAGGUGGCCGAAAGCCAAAUGUGUGGUUUACACUGGUGAUCAUGAUGUGGAUAAAGCUGCUAUAUUGGCGAGAGUGAAGAACCGCUUCAAUAUCGCUCUUCAUCCGCCUACAGUCACUUUCCUCUACCUAACAACUCGACACUGGGUCUUGGCUUCAACAUGGAAUCACUUCACCCUGCUUGGUCAAUCAAUUGGCUCCUUGAUUAUGGCUUGGGAUGCCUUCGGUCUUCUUACCCCAGAUAUUUUCGUCGAUACGAUGGGCUAUGCAUUCUCCCUUGCAUUGAGCAAGCUUCUCUUCCAAGAUGUCCCUACAGGUGCAUAUGUCCACUACCCCACUAUUUCCACGGACAUGCUAUCUUCUCUCGAUCCCGAAUCUGAUGUGGGAUUCCAAGGAGUCAAUGCUGGGAAAGGACAGGGUGCUGCAGGAAUCGGGAAGAAGCUCUACUGGGAAUUGUUUGCCAAAAUGUAUUCUUUCGCAGGAGGAUCUAUCGAUAUAGUGAUGGCAAACUCGACCUGGACCCUGGAACAUAUCACUUCUCUCUGGAGUGAAUGGAGGAGAGAAUUCAGUAAGCCGAGACCAGUUGCUGUAUACCCUCCCGUCGCAGUUGAAGAAUUGGAGAAAGAAGUCGAAGUUUCGGAAGCUAGCGAAAGCAGGAGAGAAAAUGUGUUGCUAUACAUUGCCCAAUUUCGACCAGAGAAGAAUCAUCAGCUCAUUCUGAAUGCAUUUGCGGAAUUCAUGGCCACAAGUACGCCUGCCACCAAAGGCGCGAAACUUGUUUUGGUAGGAUCAGUUCGGGACGAUGGAGACAGUAAGAGGGUAUACGAGCUCCGCCUUCAAGCCAAUGAGCUGAAAAUUAAGGAAAGCGUCGAGUUCCAUCUUGAUGCUUCGUGGCCCGAGAUCUUGGACUGGUUGAGAAAAGCGAGCGUGGGUGUGAAUGGGAUGUGGAACGAGCAUUUCGGUAUCGGAGUUGUCGAGUAUCAAGCAGCUGGUUUGAUCAGCGUUGUCCAUGAUAGUGGUGGACCAAAGAGGGACAUUGUCACCAAAAUCGAUGGUGAACCAACAGGCUUCCAUGCAACAACCUCCGCCGAAUUUGCCCAAGGUUUUGAAUCAGCCCUCUCCCUCCCCGCUGAAGCCAAAUUGGCAAUGCGGAAACGGGCUCGCCAAUCAGCAAAGCGUUUCACAGAAGAGGAGUUCGCCAAAGAUUGGAUUGCACAGAUGGAGAAGUUGGUAGCAUUGCGGAUACAGAGGAAAAGUGUCGAGAAGGGAGGAGGAGGAGGAGGAGGGAAAGAGGGCCAUCUCAAGACUGCUUGAGUACGAUGAUCUUUAUAUCAGUUAUUGACAUAUACCCAUUUAGUUGUAUAGAGUGAUAGAGUGAAUGCUAUUUGACUUAUCCAUGUUGUGUACCGGGCCCUUUUGUGAGUAGGAACUCGGAUUCAUGUGAACGUGGGACAUGAAGUAUUGAUAUGAAGUUUGAAACAGAG